AUGGCUCUCGAUACGGAGUUACUACACCACCAGCUUCGUCACUAUAUCAGUACAGCCGACCCUGAUAGGAUAUAUGUCGCCGUUGGGAGGAUAAUAUACGCCAUCCAUAUCUCAUCGCAGAAGAGAGAAAUUCUCACUAUUGUUCCCUUCGACCCGAAAUGUUUGACUGCCGGAAAUGGAUGGAUUGGCGUAGGUGGCACGGAGAGUGGGGAUUGUGCCUUUAUUAAGCUGGACCAGGGCUUGCAGGGCCCCGAAACAGCUGUGCCCGGCUCUCCCGUUGAUGUUGACUCGCCAUUACCUCUCGAUCUGGAUACACCUAUACCGAGGAGAACUCUCCCUUACCCGCCCAAUGUCAGUGUGCGGGAACUUGGGGGCAGCAUAGUCAAUUCUGUGACUAUUCACCGACUCCCGUCUAUCGGAGAUGAUUUCGUUGAUGAGGAUAUUGCGGUAUUGAGCAACAACGACACGACUGUGAGCAUUUUCUCACUCCCGCGAAUGGAAGUCAUCGAGACAAUCCGUCAUCCCGUAUGCAUGAAUUUUGCCAUCAUAUCACCUGAUUCAAGGCUGCUUGCCGCAGUAGGCGACGAAAACAGAGUAUACUUUUACCGUGUCAUUCCUUCGGACAAGCAAACCGCAGUUUCAGUAGAUGGGAAAAAAUUACUCCGCGAGUGGAGCUGGCCACUGCUCCGAAGCGUUGAACUAGAUUCAGAUCCCAACUACGAUGACCGUUGUUGCUUCACCAUCGCAUUUUCCCCGUCUAGCCACCUCUGCGCUGUUGCAUCACAGGCUGGCGUUAUCACAGUAUUUAGCGUCAACGACAUAUUUAGGCCUGACCCCAAUGGAAGGUCUGGACGAGAGGAUAUUCUUUAUGUCUUUAGAUCCUCGAGAUCAUGCUUUGAUGGCGGUGCUAUCCGCUGCAUGACUUUUUCCCCGGAGCCCUGGGAUCUCUUAGUUUGGGUUGAAGACCAUGGACGUGCUGGGGUAGCAGACGUCCGUCAAGACUUUUCCAGGCGCCAAAUUCUAACUCUCGAUAUAGACGAACCGGGACUUGAGCGUGUCAAGACCGACAAUCUCGACAAACCGGAAACAGAAUUAGAAUUGGAUGUUGAUCUUCAUAGGCCAGAUUCUGCCGUAAAUCAAACUUGGGCACACAGAUUAAACGAAACGGAUGAUCCUUUACAGCGCGGCAUCGACUCUAAUCGCUACCGGCGUAGAGGAACCACAGCCGAGGCGGAAUCCCAAAUAAUGCGCGAUAGUCUGGCCCGUGAUCUAACCGCGAGAGAGCGACAGAUUAUUGAUUUCUUAAAUACAGCGCGCUGGGCGUCGUCUAUUGAAGAAGGCCCCCAGAGACUUCCGCAUCUAAUUAGCCCCUUACCUUAUGCUGCCUCGUCCACAUACCAACAGCGAGCCGCAAGCCAAUUUUUAGGCUCAUCACCGCCUCCGCCUCCUCCACCUCCGCCCCCAGAUCAUUAUAUCACCCGCAAUGAGCCGUCUCGGAAUUCAGACAGACCCCGAACAGGAGCUCCACGAAGACGCAACUCCGUGGUCUUAUCCCAGGACAGCUCAUCCCGCCCAAACGUACAUACCUCUUCCGCAUUAAUUCCUCACCCUGGCAUUUCGUUAAGGUGGCCCUAUUCGCCAAACCAGGUGCCGGCGCCCAACGAUGACCCGGAAACUUUGAGUAUGGAAGACGACUUCCCGCGCAUCCCAUCCCCCAACCAAGACGGGGUGCAAACCGGUCCAUCCAACUCUAGUCAUCGCGGCUCGAGAGGACCUCAGCCAGAAGAUGCGGCAUCCAGCAGCAGCCGCCCAACUACAGGGCAGCGCCAACGCCUUACGCGCUCACGAUCAAUUCCUCGUCGCGUCGAUAGAGUCGCUCGUGCCCCUGGUGAGCGUCUAGAGCCACGCAAUACAAAUGACUCCGAACUAAGAUCCACGCUAGCUGCGGAGCGUCUACGAGCGCAACGACAGGCCGCUGUGGAAGAGAGCCAACGCCUCAAGCUUGACAACAUCCGAUCAAGUCCCAGAGUCCGGAACCUUCCCGGUGAAGUAAACGGUAGUCGGGAAUCAGGAUGGGGCGUCGGGACUGCUGGCGUUGGAUGGAGUGAAGAUGGACGGACCUUAUAUGUUGUUACGGUACAGGGAUAUUCGGAUACCACAUUAACGUGCUAG